AUGGACUCCCGCGACAUAGCCAUUCGCGACGCCAAACGGUUCGUUCGCGACGUUGUUCGCCACGACUGGGAAUUCACCGCCGAUCCAAAUGGCCCAAGCUAUAUCGCGCUGCCCACCGAGCACGUCGACGUGGACUCAGUUGGUACCCUCCUAGAGAACCGCCAAGUCUCGGAGUGGCGGCACAGAGAAUUCGACAGCACCGGCUCAGAGCUCUCACCACAAUCAUCCGACGACGAAUCUGAAGGCGAUAUCUCCAAGACAAUCGGCGACCCCGAGAUCGAGCUGCGACGCAAACGCCGGCGCCAGAUGGAUGAAGAGAUGGCUUGGAAUGAAGGGCUACGGAUGUUCAUGGCCAGACGCGACGUGUGGUCGGGAGCCAGGACACGGCGACAGAUUCGUGCUAAGGAGAAAAAAGACAAACUUGCGAAAAUACAGGCAGGCGCACCGGGUCAGGCUGCAGACAGUUGUGCGGAUUCUGGGGUGGACGCAGGUGCUGCAUCACCCCGGCCGGGGUCCGCUUCCCCGCACUCGGAUCGCCAAAGUCAAAAUGACACUGAGGCUCCGUCGUUGGCAGCCAAGAUGGACACGUCGCUCGCAAUCGCAGAGCGCGAGAAAACAGAAGAAACUCUACGCCGACAAGAGCAAGAGGAAGAGCAGUCUACCGCGCCGGAGGAUGAAACGAAGCGCAAGGGGUCCACUGAAACUAGUAUCACUGAGCCGGACGCCUCUGCAAGUGGUCCUGUCUUUACUACAUUCCCUGCCAUCGACGACGAUGAACCGGAGACAGACGAGGAGCUUGAUGAACCUCUUAUCCCGGUCGCCCCACCUUUCCUUUCACAUGAGAAUCCCAUCCGCGCAACCAUCAACUCAUCCAUCUACCCCUCUAUCUAUAGCAAAGUGGUCGUACAGGGGAUGACCCCGACUGUUCCAGUCAACUUGGCCCACCUGACUAAAGCAAUGGUUCAGGGCUGGAAAGCUGAUGGACAAUGGCCACCCAAAUCGGCAGUGACAAACCUUGUCCUUGCAGAUGAUGCGACGAUACCGAAAACUUCCGAUACUACUGACGCCCCUCAAACGAGGCGGAAGAACAGUAUCACAAACGCCAUGCGCAAGGUGUUCCACAUGGGCGCCAACCCCUUUCACCGACGCGGAUCCAGUCAAGAUGGUGGGAAUGGUGGCGCUGCCAUUUAG